AUGUCCUCACCUGCGGUCAUGGAAAGAAAAUCACCUGAAACUAUGUUGAAGCAAUGUUACGUCGAAAUGACGGAGAGACUGUCCAGCUCGGCUCGGCGCGGAGCAAAGAGCCGACGCAGAGAAGUAAAAUUACUCAUUACUACUACGACGCAUCAUCUCUUGAAUGAUACAAAUUGCUGGCUUGAAUUAAGUCUGAUCAAGACACCCCUUUAUUCUGAAUCGUCAACGCUUUCCAAGCAGCGAUAUCGCAUCUCUUCAGAUAUCAUUAGCCAUGGAAGAAGAACUCCUCAAACAAACACCUGA